AUGUUGGACACCGGCUCAUCUGACUUAUGGGUGAUGUCUCCAGAUGUGUAUUGUGCAUACUCUUCAUCAUCUUACAAUAAGAGAGCAAUCGGAAAGGAUGAUUCUCUGCCAGCAAUCCAUAGACCCGACCUUCCUCCACAUCGGCGCGCAUUCACAGAGAAGAAAGCACAAGAUAAGAGAGCAGGGGCAACAACAUGCACCAAACUAGGGAGUUUCGCAACAAGUAAGUCCGACUCGUUCAAGCUCAACAAGACAGACUCCUUCAGUAUCAGUUAUUUAGACGGGACAUAUGCCUUUGGCGAAUGGGGUCAUGACCAGGUUCUGUUUGGCAAUCAUACGCUUUCCAGCCUAAGUCUUGCAGUGGUCAACCUGACAGACAGCUAUUUCGGAGUUUUAGGUGUUGGCCCAGCUGGCUCUCAAACUAGCACCCGAGAUGGCAAGUCUUAUGAGUAUGAAAACUUUCCCAUGCGCUUGAAGAGUGAAGGUGUCAUCAAUAAGAAUGCGUACUCCUUGUUUUUGAACUCAGUGGAGGAAAAAACCGGUUCAGUUCUAUUUGGAGCGGUAGAUCAUUCCAAAUACUCCGGAACUCUUCAAAAGGUUCCAAUUAUCAAUUCCUACCCAGAGUAUUUUGACGAGCCAGCUUAUGUGAAUAUUGUAUUGAACGAUAUUAAAGUGGAAAACUCGAAUGUUGCCACAAGUUUAGGAAAGGUUUCCGUCUCUUGCUUGAUGGACUCCGGAUUCACUAAUACAUACUUGCCAGCUUUGCUUCUUGAACCAUUAAUGGAGCAGAUAGGUGCAACUUAUUCAUAUACAGCUGAGGCAUAUUACGUUCACUGUGACGAGUUUGACGAUAUAAGUCUCACUUUCGAUUUCUCUGGGGUGGAAAUCAGAGCUCCACUAUCUGAUUUCAUCUUCAAAUACAAGGGACAAUGUUAUGUGCUCUUGUUCGAGAUGCAAGAUACCUAUGAAAGUGAUGCGUACGCAGUGAUGGGAGAUACAUUUCUCAGAAACGCUUAUGUGGUUUACGAUUUGGACGACCUUGAAAUUCUGUUGGCACAAGCUAAUUACUCCAAGAAUGAGGACAUUGAGGUUAUCCAAGAUUCUGUACCUCUGGCAUCUGUUUUCUUGCUCAUUAUAACAUUCUUGGCUGUUUUUACUGAAGCCAUUGCCCAUAAGAGGGCCUACGAAGGUGCCCUUCAGGUCGAUUUCAACGUUCUUCGUGGAUCUUCUAGAGCGGAUUUGGCUCCAAAUCGCCAAGGCGGACUCAUCAGACGAGCAGACAGUCAGGACGAGGGAAGCGGUCUUUUGGUAUUAACCAACGAACAGACAUUUUACACUUGUGACUUGUAUUUCGGGUCCAAUGGACAGAAGGUUACCGUCCAGGUGGACACUGGGUCUUCAGAUUUAUGGGUCAUUGAGAAUGACGUUGUAUGUCUUGCAAGCCCUGACAUGAGUGGAACUGAAUCACUGGCACUGGAUCAGGCUGCUCUUUGCACCAGUUUGGGUACCUUUCAAACAGGCGAGUCUGACACUUUCAAAUCCAACGAUACUGAAGCCUUUUUCGCAUACGGAGAUACAACGACAGCAGAAGGAAUUUGGGGAACAGACCAAAUUGGUUUCGACGGAUUCAAUAUUACAGAUUUCAGUUUUGCUGUUGUCUCAGAGACCAAUACAACAUGCGGAAUCUUGGGAAUUGGCCUCCCAGCUUGGGAAGCUACCAAUACCACAUAUGAGAACUUCCCUAUGCGUUUGAAGAGCGAUGGACUUAUCCACAAAAACGUAUACUCUUUGUAUUUGAACGACGACAACUCUUUGAAGGGCUCAUUGUUAUUUGGAGCUGUGGACCAUGCCAAAUAUUCCGGUACUCUCCAGACAGUUCCAAUCAUCAACAAUGAUCCAGAAAAUUACGAUGUUGCAGGUGGGUUCUAUAUUGUGUUGGACAAAAUCACGUUAGAAGGUGACAGUUCUAACGAAACAGUCACCAAUGUUGCGGUACCAGCGUUGUUAGAUUCUGGAACCACAUUCUCCUAUUUUCCUCAAAGUGUUCUAGACCGUUUCACCAAAAUGGUUGGUGCUGUUUUCUCCGAGUCAGAAGGAUUCUACAGUGUAAGUUGCAAGUAUAACAAUUCUGAAGUCAAUGCCAUUUUUGACUUUUCUGGUGCUACGAUCAAGGUACCCAUGUCAGACUUGAUUUUAACUGACGAAGAUACCUGUUAUCUUGGAUUAUUGGACAUCUCCGAAAUGCAAGGAGAUACAGAGGCUUUGUUGGGAGACAAUUUUCUCAGAAGCGCUUACUUGGUUUACGAUUCAGAUGACCUUGAAAUUCUGUUGGCUCAGGCCAACUAUACAGAUGAUCAGGACAUAGAGGUUGUUACACUGACUAUUCCACUGGCUGUGAAGGCCCAGGGAUACUCUUCAACGUCCAUCAAUCCUAAUGCCAGUGAUACUGGGUCUGCGCUGGAGUUGAAAGCUACUGCAACGCAGUCUUCAUCUAGCUCAUCGAGUGCACUGGGAUCAUCGUCACCCAAGAACAGUGCUGCCCACAAGGAAUCUGUGGGAUUGACUAUUCCUAUUCUUGUUCUUGGAUGUAUGACAGCAUUCUUAUGGAUGUAA